AUGGCUGGGAAGCCUUCAAAGGGAUGCAACACGUGUCGCCGCCGAAAGAAAGGAUGCGACCUCCAGCGCCCAGUUUGUGGCCAAUGCCAGAAACUUAAACCGCAACUUGCACAACAAUGCGCGUAUAGGCAAGGUGUCCCGUGGGUAAACUUGACUCCAGAUUCGGUUGUAGGCAGUAAACGUCCAAACAGGGGCACCACAGCCACCAUCACCCUUGCAGAGCCACUCGCCCGCUCCGCGUAUCAAGAGAGGUACUUGGGUUUAUUUUGGGACUUUUAUCUACCAAAUGGCCGCAGCUUCCCCUUGGAAUCGGCGCAGUUCAACACAGGCUUCUGGAUGAAUGAGCUGCACAGGCUAUUCCAUAGGAGGGAGGAGACGGCGAUUAGGAGGAUCCUCCUGGCUAUUUCACUUUCUAGCGUUGGUCGUCGAGAUCAGAAGCCAUGGAUGGUCGAGAAUGGGAUCAAGCUGUACGGUAGCUGCCUGAAUACCUUGGCUGAGCAGAUCAAACAAAAUAUCCCACAGGUAGACAGCAAUGCUCUUGCCACUUCGAGGCUUCUGUCCGUAUACGAACUUCUCCAUGGCCACGAUCAAAGGGACCGGUUGGUUCAGGUGGUAAACUGGAAGUUACACAUCGACGGCGAGCUGGGGUUCAUCCUCUCCCGUGGCCCGGAGAGCUUCACAACAGGUUUUGCACACCAAAUGUUCGUAGAUGGACGGACAUGGACUUAUAUCUCAACAUCGAUACCCAUCCGCACUCCCUCACCCUUGAAUUCACCCGAAUGGAGAACUAUUCCGUGGAGGUUUAUUCCCAAGACAGCGAAAGACUUGCUGGGAGAUAUCUUCGCCGAAGUCCCCGGUCUCCUUGCACAAUUGGACGAACUCAUUGCAGCCCACCCUGGGCCUGACAAAGAAACUAAACGAUUCGAACUCGUCCAGAAGAGCUCGUGGCUGCUGAACGACUGGACUGCUUGGGGACAAGAAAGAGCACCGACAACAAGCCCUCUCGCUCCAGCAACGGCCCAAGCGGCCACCGUAUUCAACCACUUCAUUGCAGCACACAUCAUGUCCGGCUACUUCGCCAUCGGCAUCUAUUUACACGCUGUAUUAGCCGCGGCAUCCAACACGUGUUGCCCGCCUACUCCUUUCGACCCGAUGGACCCGGUGCGGUUCUUCUGCCGCAAGAUUGCCGAAAUGGUCCCUACCUUCCUGCACCCUCACGUCGGGAUAUAUGGCACACACGGUGCUGUGUUCCCUUCAAUCGUUGCACUUACGUACCUGGAAGAGAUUGAUGGCGACCUCUCAUCCUCAGAGGCAAGCGCCUUUUACGAGGUGUUUUCUAUACAUCCAAAGGGAACGCUCGUCAAGAACUUUGUUGAAAACAUGCGGCAAAGGUUGAGUGGUCUGGGGAAGAGAAUGUUUCCCUCCGAUUACCCUUCUUUGAUUAGCGAGGUGGAAUUGAGGUAG